AUGGCGUCCGAUCCGGAGCGCGAUCAGGCCCUGGAAGAGUACAAGAACAAGCUGUUGGAGUCACGCGAGUGGGAGGCAAAGCUCAAAGCGUUACGAUUAGAGAUCAAGGGUCUUCAGAGGGACUUUGACGUGUCGGAAGACAACAUCAAGGCGUUGCAGAGUGUGGGACAGAUCAUCGGCGAGGUGCUCAAACAGCUCGAUGAGGAGAGAUUCAUUGUCAAGGCCUCCUCCGGCCCUCGCUAUGUCGUCGGCUGCCGCUCCAAAGUCGACAAGGUCAAGCUCAAACAAGGCACGCGCGUCGCCCUCGACAUGACCACCCUCACCAUCAUGCGUAUGCUGCCACGCGAAGUCGAUCCCCUCGUCUACAAUAUGUCUUUGGAAGAUCCGGGACAGGUGUCGUUUGCUGGAAUCGGAGGGCUGAACGAUCAGAUCAGAGAAUUGAGGGAGGUGAUCGAGUUGCCACUCAAGAACCCCGAACUCUUCCUACGGGUGGGCAUCAAGCCGCCAAAGGGUGUCUUGCUCUACGGCCCCCCGGGUACUGGCAAGACACUUCUGGCGCGAGCAGUGGCGAGCUCCCUGGAGACAAACUUCCUCAAGGUCGUCUCCUCCGCAAUCGUAGACAAGUACAUCGGCGAAUCCGCACGACUCAUCCGAGAGAUGUUCGGCUACGCCAAGGAACACGAGCCGUGCAUCAUCUUCAUGGACGAAAUCGAUGCCAUCGGCGGCCGACGCUUCUCCGAGGGCACUAGUGCUGACCGUGAGAUCCAGCGCACGCUCAUGGAAUUGCUCAACCAACUCGACGGCUUCGACUACCUCGGCAAGACGAAGAUCAUCAUGGCCACCAACCGCCCCGAUACCCUCGACCCGGCCCUGCUGCGUGCUGGUCGGCUGGAUCGCAAGAUCGAAAUCCCCCUGCCUAACGAAGCUGGUCGACUUGAGGUGCUGAAGAUCCACUCGGCGGGCGUGCAAAAGGAGGGCGAGAUUGAUUACGAGAGUGUUGUCAAGAUGAGCGACGGCCUCAACGGCGCGGAUCUGAGGAACGUUGUGACCGAGGCUGGCUUCUCCGCCAUCAAGGACGAUCGCGAUGCCAUCAACCAGGACGACUAUAACAAGGCUGUCCGUAAGGUGAUGGAGACGAAGAAACUCGAAACUAAACUUGAGUACGCUAAAAUUUGA